UCUAAAACUUUUGGUGCUUUUACAGUUUUACUCUAACUGAUUAUAUGUAACAGUCUGAUAGAAUAACCAGAUAGAAGCAAGAGGAGAUUAGUAAAGCAUAUUUGUUUGUUUUAAAUAGGAUUCUUGCUUUCUGUCAUUAAUUUGGUUUGGUCUCCCAUGCUUCAAUCUUUGUUCCAACUACUAAAUGAUCAUCAGAUAGUUUUGAUGGCAAAGCCAGUUUACUGUACUCUACUACUUGUGUUAACUCUUUUUCAUUCUGUUCAUCUCUCACGCCAGCAGCUCCAACCAUUUCAAUCCAAUGCCCUCAGGGAAAUCCAGCGGCUUCUCAACUACCCAUCAGUUCUUGGCAGCUUCAACAACACUUGGGACUUUUGCAGCAUUGAACCAACACCAUCUUUAUCUGUUGUUUGCUAUGAAGAUAAUGUCACCCAGCUUCAUAUUAUAGGAAACAAUGGGGUUCCCCCCUUGCCUCAAAGCUUUUCCAUUGAUGCUUUGUUUUCAAGUCUUGUUGUUUUAUCAAAUUUGAAGGUCCUCUCCUUGGUUUCCCUAGGCUUGUGGGGGCCUAUGCCUGGUAGUGUUGGUAAGCUGUCUUCCCUGGAAAUACUCAAUGUAAGUUCAAACUACUUCAAUGGCUUCAUUCCAGUGGAACUUUCAUAUUUGAGAAAUUUGCAGACUCUCAUGCUUGACCACAACCAGUUCACUGGCCAAGUUCCUGGUUGGCUUAGUUCUCUUCAUGCUUUGGCUGUUUUGAGUCUGAAAAACAAUUCACUCUUUGGGACACUGCCAAGUUCCAUUUCAAGAUUAGAAAAUAUUCGAAUCCUUGUUACUGCGAAUAAUCACUUGUUUGGGGAAGUUCCUGAUCUUGAGAACUUGACAAACCUUCAAGUCCUUGAUUUAGAAAGCAAUUAUUUUGGACCUCACUUCCCUGCCUUGCACAACAAGUUGGUCACUCUCGUACUCAGGAAUAACAGUUUUCAGUUUGGCUUCCCAGCUGAAAUAGUCUCCUGUUAUCAGCUUCAAAAGCUAGAUAUUUCAUUGAAUGGAUUUGUUGGACCAUUUUUGCCAUCUUUGUUUGCAUUGCCUUCAAUGAAUUAUAUCGAUGUCUCUGGUAAUAAACUUACAGGUAGGCUCUUCCAAAACAUGUCCUGCAAUAAAGAACUAGCGUUUGUAAAUUUAUCCUCAAAUCUUUUGACUGGGGAUUUGCCUGCAUGUCUGCAACCAACCUUCAAGAACAGGACUGUUAUGUAUGCUAGAAAUUGUUUAUCUGACAAAGAACAACAGCAGCAUCCUUCUAGUUUCUGCCAUAAUGAAGCAUUGGCUGUAAAAGUUUGGCCUCAAAAGCUCAAGAGACAUAAUGCUAAGGCAGUUCUUGCAUCAAGUAUAAUGGGAGGAAUUGUUGGAAUAGCAUUAAUUGUUGGUUUGAGUUUUUUUGUUAUCCAUAGAAGAAAUAGCUGGGUUGCUGUGAAAACACCUUCCACAAGGUUAAUAAAGGAGAAAGUGUCAACAGUAAACACAAUCAAGCUAUUGUCAGAUGCAAGGUAUAUAUCAGAAACAAUGAAGCUGGGAGCAAAUCUUCCUGCUUAUCGUGCCUUUGCUUUGGAAGAGCUGAAGGAGGCCACUAAUAAUUUCACUCAUUCAAGCAUCAUGGGUGAAGGUUCACGUGGCCAGAUUUACAGAGGGAAGCUUGGGGAUGGAACUGUUGUUGCCAUUAGAAGUUUAAAGAUGAGAAAGAAGCAUAACGCCCAGACAUAUACACACCAUAUUGAGAUGAUAUCAAAACUCAGACAUAACCACUUGGUUAGUGCCCUUGGACACUGUUUUGAGAGUUGCCCAGAUGAUUCAAGUGUCACCAUCAUAUAUCUCAUAUUCGAGUAUGUUCCAAAUGGCACCUUGAGAAGUUGCAUCUCUGAAGGAUUACCAGGAAAAAGACUUAAUUGGACACAAAGAAUAGCAGCUGCAAUUGAGGUAGCAAAGGGAAUUCAGUUCCUCCAUACAGGGAUUCUACCAGGAGUAUUUUCAAAUAAUCUGAAGAUAACAGAUGUCCUGUUGGAUCAGAAUCUUCAUGUAAAGAUCAGCAGUUAUAACCUCCCUCUUUUAGCAGAAACUAGGGGAACGGGGGGUGCUGGAGUUUCUUCUCCUGGACUAAAAUCAAAUGUUCGAGGAAGGGCAAAUCAUGAGGAUAAGGAUGAUGUCCAUGACAUAGGCGUAAUCUUACUUGAAAUUCUUGUCGGAAGGCCAAUAAUGUCCCAAAAUGAAGUCAUGGUCGUAAAAGAUAUCAUACAAGUAAGUAAUAAGAUGGAUGAUACAGCUCGAAGAAGCAUUGUGGAUCCAUCAAUUAUCAAGGAAUGCUCAGCUGAAUCCUUGAAGAGAGUGAUGGAGAUAUGUCUGAGAUGCCUGUCCAAUGAGCCAACUGAUAGGCCUUCUAUUGAGGAUGUCCUUUGGACUUUGCAGUUUGCAGCACAACUACAAGAUCCAUGGAGAAUUGAUUCUAACCAUUUCAAUCAUCAGCUUACAGAAUCAUCGUCUUUAGAAAUGUAGCUUUUGUAUUUCGUGUUUAUCUACGAAGUUUUAGUCCAUCAAUUUAUAUACAGAUAAUAACACAAUUAAUCUAUCCACGAAACAGAUUCAA